CCUUGAUCUCUCUUGCCCAGUGGCAGGGGUACGGUCUUUGAGGAAAAGGCAAGUAUUUCUGAGAGUGCUUCGAGCAAAGCUCGCCAUGGCAUGCGGCUUUCACUUCGACUUUACGGCGAACCAAUGGAUGCCAGCCUCCCCACGGGCAGACUCUGGUGGCACAACUUCUGAUGCUUCUGGAAGUGCCGUGCAGACGCUGCGCGUGGCCACACUCAAUGUGCUGGCAGAUUGCUUCCCGUGGGCCGUUGAGCUGAUGAUUUGCAGUGAAGAUCGCAGGAGAGCGCUGGUGACCUGGCAGUCGGACCAAACCGCGCGACGCCGAACGAGUAGUCCGCCCAGUCUGAAAGCCCUGAACCCAGAUCUGGGGAGCUCGGAAGGUGGGCGAGCCCUUCCUCCAUGAGUCAAUGAAGGUGGAAAACGGAGGAAGCAGGCCUCCUUAGUAAUUAGAUGAAAACCGUCUUCCAAGCUUGGGGGCCAUGUUCCACUUCCACGUUUCGUGGACGGUAGUUCCUGGAAGUUCCCCCUCAAACGCUCCUUGGACGGUUUCGGCCCCCUUCCCAAUGAGAACAUGCAAUUCUUCCAGUAGCUCUAUGUAGAUCCCAAUUCUUCGCAUAUUGGUUCCAACAGCGAUCCACUGUCCUCAAUCGGUCGACGUCAAUUGGCCUGGAUCGGAGACCCUGGGAGGCCCCCACCAGGCACAGAUUUGACCUAAUACAAUCUGUACAAUAGAAGAUGAUGGGGCCUUAUUGCUACUUCAUAUCCCGCUUUCGUUUGAUUCUUUUGUGUGUCAACUGUUUUGUGGGUGACGCGUUAAAUCCCAAAAUUAUCCCAAAUACAUAGGUCUUUUCCUCACAGGGGUUAAUUGGUAAACCAGAUCAAAAGGCCGGUGGGAUGUGAGAAACCACGCCGCUGGCAGGUCGUAGAGAUGGCUGAGCUGGAUGCCACAGUGCUGGGCCUCAACGAGGUGACGCCCGGACUCCUCGCGGCGCUCCUGGCGGAGCCCUUCGUGCGGCAGAGCUACUGGGUGUCGCAGCUGACGAUGGAUCAGACUCACGGCUGUGUCUUGUUCUCGAAGAUUCCCUUUGUCGUGGUGCUGCAGAAGCAGGUCACCGAAACACGCCCAAAGAAGCAGCGGAAGGUGGUGAUUGGUGUCUUUGAAGACAAGGACGCAGCCCCAUUCGCUGUGGUCUCCCAACACACGCAGGCGCACCAGUCAGAAGAGAAUUUACAACUUCGCAAGCUUCAAAUCCGAAAUGCCUGUGCUGCUGCAGUGGAAGCGUUGGGAACGGAUGCGGACCACGCGGCCUUUGUGUUAAUGGGUGAUCUAAACUUCCACUACCUCUGUGAAGACUCUACGAUCUUGGAGAACCACUUGUUGGAUCUCUGGGCAGAAAGCCAUUUCGAUGAAGGCAGCGGUACCAUCGAUGAAGGCUACACCUACGACAGCCAAACCAACCUCAUGGUACCACGCUACGUGGUCGGAGAAAACCGACGGAUGCGAUUGGAUCGGAUCCUUUGUUCCAGAGCCUUCUUCGAGAGGUUUCAGGUCGCAAACAAAUGCCGACUCUGGGCGCAGCAGCCCAUCAACGAGCGGGAGACUCUCUGGAUCAGCGAUCACUACGGCCUGGUGGUCGACCUCCAGCGCCGCCGCGGCGCGCCUGGCGCGCCGCCGCACAAGCCGCCCUCGCCCGACGUCCUGGCGGUGCUGCGCGCGCGGGGGGCGACGCCCCGCGAAGGCUCGAGCUACACGGCUUGGAGCUUUGUGGGACGAGCACCGAGGCACUUGGCGCACAUGGCGGUGCAUGCCGUGACCGGUGCAGGAGCCUUGAAGGGCAAGUACAGGUGAAAGUGCCGAAAGGGCCUGGGGCCGAAUGAGGUAGCUCUGGAGAGGCCCUGGGCAUAAAGUCACCGAGGAGACGGGACUUUGAUGAAGAUGUUUAGAGGCAGGCGGUUGAAGGAAGAUGUCUGGAAACCAUCGAGAAGUGCCA